UUAAAGUAUACGUAAACUUACAAAAGAUAAGGAAGGAUGUUCCUAUUUUUAUUGUCGUUAGCGUUAAUGGUAGGGAACAUUGAAAGUACAUCGUUAUCAAUGUUUUCUUCCGAUGACAACAGGAAUGAAUCAACCCCAACUGAAACAGCAGGACAUGGUAUCUAUGCAGCAUGCGAGACAUCGUUUGAUUGUGGAAGAAAGUUGAUAUGUACCGAUUUCAAAUGUCAAUGUUGCAAAGAACUUUACUGGAACGGAACAAACUGUCUUACAAGAAAAGGACAGAACCAAUAUUGCAACUCAUCAUCAGAAUGUAUUGAAUCUCUUCAGUGUAUAGAAACUUCAUGUAUAUGUGCAGAGAAAGACUACUGGGACGGUGACACAUGUGUUGCAAGAAAAUUGUUGAAUGACAAAUGCUCUCUACACUUUGAAUGUCAACCGACACUUAGUUGUGCACGUGGAUACUGCCAAUGCCCAUCAUCGGAUUUCUGGAAUGGAUCAUCAUGUGCUUUGAGAAAAAUCCAAAAUGAAACUUGUAGAUUGAUCCAUGAAUGUGGAGACACUCUCCAAUGUAAAAACAAAACAUGUGUAUGUUGUAAGAACGACUACUGGAAUGGAACCUUCUGUAUCACAAAAAAACAAAUAUACAGUCAAUGCAAUUCACACAUCGAAUGCGAAAUUGGAAUGAACUGUUGUCAUGCUUUUUGCCAACUGUCUUCCUGCUUCAAAUACACUGAAAUGAGUUCCUCUGAUUCAGCAUUCAUUAUAACCUUCACAGAGCCUGGUAACGUAAAGGCACAGUACUUACUAUUGAACACUAGAAACAAGGGAUCGCUAUAUCAGUUCACAUUUUCGAAUAACUUAAACAAGUCAUACACAAUAUCACGUGAUAUUUAUUCAAUUAAUGUGCCUAAAAGCGUUAUAAUGCCAAAUGGUAUAUCACAAAAUGGCGCCCAAUACCAUUGGUAAUGUAUGGUCUUCAGAUGGGAUCUAGUGGGGGAUAUACAGAAGGUUAUAUUGCCAUCCCGUUAAAAUAUCUAUCAACUCGAUACAUUUUUCCUUCUUUCAAGAUUAACAAGGACAGUUCAAUCACAAUUUCAUCGAUUAAUGACAAUACUAAGAUUCAGAUAAAUCCUAAAAUGGAAAAAGAACCACUUAAGUACACGGGUGUCUCCUACAGAAAUAAUGAUACUAUCACAGUACUUAUCAAUAAACACUAUUCAUUUAAGCUGUCACAUACAUCUGACUUAUCCGGGACAAUCGUAUCAACCUUCAAACCAGUGUCUAUGUUAAGUAGCAGUGCAUGUACAUCAAUAGUAGCAGGUAAAGGCUGUAAUGAACUAUUGGAGACUGUGUUACCUAUUAACCAGUUAGAUCAAACAUACAUCAUACCAGCAAUAGAAACAAGACCAAAUAGUUCUGUGAGGAUAUUUUGCACAAGAACUACUACUUUGAGAGUGAUAAAUAAAAAUCAAGUAACAGAUAGAGUAAUCCAUGGACAAGAACACUUUGAAUUUAUCCAUGAAAAAGUUUCACAUGUGCAUGCUAAUAACGAUGUGUUGGUCAUGCUUUAUGCACACGAAAUUGAUGCCGGUGGAACUGUUUUUAUGAUGACUAUACAAGGACGUAAUCAGUACCUAUCGUACUAUAACUUUGUAGUGCCAGAUAAUUUUACAAGUUAUAUCAGCGUCACCGUAAUCUCUGAUGCGUUGGAUGGAUUAUCUCUGGACGGUGAACUAAUAACAAUCAGAAGUGCUUACACUAUUCAUGACGGAGCAGAAUACUAUAGUACCUUUAGUUUACCAGUAACUGCUGGAAAUCAUAACAUGAAGCACGUGAGAGGGGUACGGUUUGGUCUCUGGGUAUAUGGACAAAAUACAAAUUACGAUUCAUAUGGUUACCCCGCUGGUAUUGCUUUCAAGACAAUAUAAACAUUUCACUACGUCGUUUUAUUAACAGUAAACGCAUUCACAAAGACAGAAACCUAUUGCGAGAGACUAUGUGUUUUCCAAAAAUUCUUUUAAUAUUUUCGAAAAUAAAACCAUCAUAAUCUGAUCAAAUAGUGAUAUUAAAUAUAUUAUGUAGUAAACUACAAAUUACUU